GUUUCCUUUUUUUUGUAAUUUAUGGUGAAUAAAGGCGUUAAUAAAUAAAUAAUUCCUCACGAGAAUUGGAAAUUGGAGAAAUCCUAUAACAGACUCCGCCUGUCAAGACACGACUGGAAUAUUCGAGCACCAUCACAAUAAGGCGCUGCGAUUUAGAAAAUCGAGCACCGCUCCCAUUAGAGAUAAACACGGAACUGUGGAACAUAACUAGUUGAAUCCAAUAAAUUACUGUGCUAAAGUAAAUUUUAAAAUUGUUAACGAAAUUAUUGAUCAUGCUAAAUAGUUUUGUACAGUUUUCUUUUCUCUUGUCAUUUAUUCAAAAUUAGACUUUCAUGAGCAAAGUGAAGCUGAGAAAAGCUCCCACAUUUUUCCUCAAAUCUCGCCUCAAGCCUCAGCAUGGUACCCCAAAACUAUUUGUUUAAAUUUGUCUCACCAUUUGACAUUUCAUUCGUAACUUCCGUCACAAAAAAAUACCACCCGGGAAAGAAAAUCAACUAAAGCUCAGAUGAUCAGCAGAUGGUUAGAAAUGGAUAAAAAUCCGCCAUCAGCGCUCCUAAGAAAGCGGGCACCAAACGACAAGUCUUUUCAAAAGCAAAAAAGACAACCAGCAAAAAAAGGAUCAAGCAAACGACAAUGAGGUCAGCGACUCUGGAAGUUAUGAGUUUGCCGAUGCGGGUAUGAAUAUGGACGAAAUAGAGCAACCAGAGAGGAGCCUUAUGGAUUCGAUGCUCACGAACAAUGUUCUGGCGUCGAAUAUGGUUAAGCAAAACAAAUAUUUUAAAAUACAGGGUGCUUCAAAAAAAUGUAUACACACUUUAAACUAUUGUAGUUUUCCCGCUCUACAAGGCUAAUGUUAUAUUUCUUCGCCAGGUGCCAGCAUAAUCGUCCCUCUAUGUUAUAUUAUCAGUUGGAAUUUGUAAUAUCAACAUGGGGAACGCACGUUUGAGUUCUGAAGAACGUAAACAGGUUAUUAAGUGGUACUGGAAGUUUGAGAAUGUAAAUGAAGUUCAAAAACAGUGGAGAAGGGAGUAUGAUACAGAACCACAUUCAAGAUUAACAAUUACACACAUACGAGACAAAUUCGAAGCUCAUGGAACAGUGUGUGAUGUGCAUAAAGGUCAUUCAGGUCGGCCUCGAACAGCUACAAGUGAUGAGUCAUCAACGGCAGUCUUGGAACUGUUUCAACGCUCUCCUAACAAAUCUUCAAGGCAAGGGGCACGUGAAAGUGAUGUAAGUGCUAGCAGCGUGCUACGCAUUCUGAAGAGAGGCAAGUAUCGUGUUUACAUUCCAAGGCUGGUGCAACAGCUAAAUGACGACGAUCCAGAUCGAAGGUUGCAAUUUUGUGAAUGGAUUCAGGAGAUGGUGAUACGUGAACCGGAAUUUAUGGGUAGCAUCAUUUGGUCGGAUGAAGCCCAAUUCAAACUUAAUCGAACUGUCAAUAGGCACAAUUGUGUUUACUGGGGUGAAGAAAAUCCUCACAUUACAAUUGAAAAAGCUGUAAAUUUGCCUGGUCUAAAUGUGUGGUGCGGUUUGUCUUCAAGGGGACUCAUUGGACCUUUUCAAUUUGAAGGCACUGUAACUGGGUAAUGAUGAUUUUAAUUUUCAACAAUAUUGUGCUCCGCCGCACUAUCACAGGGACGUACGAGCUUACCUGGAUCAAAAUUUGUCGGGCCGGUGGAUAGGACGCAGGGGGCCAAUCGAGUUUCCAGCACGCUCUCCAGACCUUACACCACUGGAUUUCUUCUUGUGGGGCACAGUAAAAGAUGAGGUGUACAAACGUAAACCACGUAACCUAGACAUUCUUUGAAAUGAGAUUCAAGCAGUGUGUAGAGAAAUCUCAUUGGACGUUUUGAUACGAUGUACAGAAUCAGUGGUGACUCGUACUCAGAAUUGUAUUGAUGCUGCAGGUCACCAAUUUGAACAGUAUUAACAUUUGUUAUUUAUGUUUCAUUUACAUUGGACUUUCAGCUUUCUAUUUUCCUGAAAUUUAACUUUGUAGAACGGUAAAUAAAUUUUCUAUGGAAGUUCAAAGUGUGUAUACAUU